AUGGAUAACACUCAGGAGGAGCAGGUGAUGGAGCAGAUUGAGGUGGAGGUGCGGCUGCGGGAUGGGGCCAGCAGACUGCUCGCAGCCUGUUCCCAGAGAGAGCAGGCUCUGGAGGCCUCCAAGAACCUGGUGCGCUGCAGCAGCCGCCUCCUGGCGCUGCUCAGUGACCUGCAGGGGAGGAGGACCGCCCGGGCUCUGGAGAGCGCAGGACACUGCUCUUCUGAUGAGCCGCUGCCAUGUGUAGGAAAGCUCGCCAUCUCUGAUCUGCGCAUUCCUCUGAUGUGGAAGGACUCUGAAUACUUUAAAAACAAGGGAGAAUUGCAUCGCUGUGCCUUCUUCUGUCUGCUGCAGUGUGGCUCUCAGAUCUUGACCACUGACCUCCAGAUGGUAGACAGAACCUUGACAGACAUCUGCUUUGAAGACACAUUUGUCUUUAGUGAGGUGGCGCCUGGCUUCCUUCUGCGAGUGGAGCUGUACAGCAGCUGUGUGGCUGAGGAGGGCUCUGGGGGCUCCAGGCGAGGAAGCCUGGGGGUCACUGCCAUGGGAAACUUUUCUGGGAAGAAAAUUCGAGCUGCCUUUGAGUCUGCUGCAAUCUGUGGAUCAAACUCUAAUGGGAAAACACCAACUCCAGUCAUCUCAGCCCCUUCCACAGUGGAGCCAAAGUUUAACCUCUUGGCACAUGUUAGUCUGAGCAUCAAACACGUCCACGAUGGUUUCAAGACUCAUGACUUGACAAUAGUCACAACAGAUGAGAGCUCUUACUGGCUGCCUCUGUACGGGAACAUCUGCUGCCGCUUUGUGGCUCAGCCUCAGUGCAUGUUAGCACCAGUGUUCUGUGGCCAGCUCAGGGUUAAGAAGGGUUGUGAUGGUUGGGAAAAUGUCUACGGUGUCCUCCAGGGGAAGAGUCUCGACUGUUAUCAUAGUGAAGAGGAUCAACAAUCUGUACCAUUAUAUGAAAUCCCCAUCAGAAAGGACUCUCUCAUUGUUGUGUCAGAGCAAAGCCACGGCCGAGCACAGACUGUCCACAUCAGGGCACAGUCUGACAGAGGUGAUGUCAUCUAUACAAUCUCUGCUGAUGACCCAGAGCGCUGGAUCAAAGCGCUUCACCAUCACCGUGACAACCUGGGUCAGUGGCAGCAGUGUUGCACAGAAUUGAUGAAACUCAAGGUGACAUUUUCAUCAAAGCCUUUAGCAGUCCAGCCAGGAUCCCUCUAUCAUGAAAUUGUGACGCCAGCAGCACCCGCAGAAGGGCCAGCCGUGUCGGACCUGUCAGAUGAGAUGCACAUUUUGCUAACAUCCUACUACAAAAAAGACUGUUGA